UAACGUGACAGCAAUGUUAUGGAACUCGUGUAGGUAGCCCCUGCUCAGGACUUUAACCCUUUUACGGUCUAUGCUUCAACCAAACUAACAAGAAAUGACCACCUCAAGGUUACCACCGGCGGCGUUCACACUGAAGCAGUUCUUGCAGAGACAGAAAGUGCUUGGUCUGUAUAGGAAUAUGUUAAAGACUAUACGAGAAGUACCAGACGAGGGAGACCGCAAGUAUCUAAGGGACUGGGCGAGGGAAGAGUUCAAAAGAAAUAAAAAUGCCACAAACCAGGAUGCCAUACGAAUGAUGAUAACACAGGCAAACAUGCAUCUGGAGGACCUUCGCAAAUCACUUGCUCUUGCCAAAAGUUAGCCCAGUAACACCCCGAGGUGUACGAACAGUAAAUCUAGGACUGACCAAGUUAGUGUUUUGCCUAUGGGCUGUUGACCUGCUGCCACACAGAUCCCAUUGACUAAGAGUCUGUGAUGUCACUCUGCCUCAUGCACAAGUGUCCCACAAUAUAAUUUUUAUACUUCCAGUGUAAAGGCGAUGAAGGGCAAUGCAGGUCAGUUGAUCGAUGUCUUUAAUGUUUUACAUGUGAUGCAGGUGCUACAGUAAAGUAAAUGCAAAUAAAGAAAUAGCUCAUG